AUGACCGUCAAAGUAUUCCACCUCACUAUGCGUGUGUGCUACUUUCUACUAUCCGCAUUCGCUGCUUACGACGAGGUGGCUCUAACCACUGUGGCAAACUCCAAGAACGAAGGUUUGGGCCACGCUAUCCAUACUCGAGGCCAUGGAUCCUUAAGGGUCCAUGCAGAAUCAAUGCUGGGUGAAGACAGUGGUAACGACGAUGAUAGGAUGAUCGACAUUAAGUCAGCUGCGGUUUCGACAUUUCAAAAUCUGGCCAAGUCAGGAACGCAGGCCGUGAACAAGGCAACAACAAGUGUUCAGCUGAAAUUAUCUUCGAAAAGCCAAAAAACAACAGACAAUCGUUUCGUUAGUCUCGAUGUUGGCGCGGUGAAGUCGAAGCUUUUUGAGAGUUUAAAGUAUCAGAAGUGGGCUGAAUCUGUGACCAACGCCUACAAAAAGAACGUUGAAGCAGGUAAAUUGGCGAUGUUCUCGACGUUGAGCGCUCACUAUGGGGAUGUCGCCCUUGCCAAGCUUCUGGCUGAAGCACAGCACGUGCCAAAGACCAGGAGUGUUGCCAACCUGUUUGAAGCCAUCCAGCUCGAAAAAUGGCUCACUGAAAAGAAAUCGACGAGUCAAGUGUUUAAGCUUCUACACCUGGACGUGGAUAAAGGCAAUUUGCUGAAGAAUCCGUUGGUAAACACCUGGGUAUCAUACGUGGAUAAAAUUGGGAAGGAAGACCCCUACCAGAUAUUGGUGCGAGAGCUGACCAAACGCUACGGAGACGAUGGAUUAGCGAAUGUGCUUGUUGCAGCAAAGGCAGAUGACACUGCCCAAGUCAUCGCUUCGAAGGUAGUGAACGCGCAGCUCAAGAGCUGGUUAAGUAGUGGGGUAACUAUAGAUGACGCUUUCAAGCUUCUACAACUAAACACUGUCAAGAAAGACGACAUUCUUAAGAGCCCAAUGCUAAGCGCGUGGAUGGCGUACGCCAGAAUGAACAAGCAAGAUCCAAACGAGUUGCUGUUCUCGACACUCAAAAGCCGAUUCAGCGAUGAGGAGAUAAUCAAGAUGAUCGUUGCUGCAAGGGGCGACCCCAAGCUGUGGCCUUCUUUAGGAGGUUUGGCAAGAAUGCAGCUAACAAGCUGGCAGCGAGCGGACAAAAGUGCAGACGACAUGUUUCAGCUUCUUAAACUGAGGGAUGGUGACGAAAAACCCUUCGACAACCCCGUUUUUAAUACUUGGGUCUCGUAUGUCACGAAUCUACACCAGGAACGCACAGAUGAAGUGAUAUUCUCAGUGAUGAAGAAGCACUACGGUGAAGAACGCCUGGAGAAGAUACUCGGACAAGCAACGCAAAGUGCGAAUACGAAUAGCAUUGCCUUGAACCUAGAAAAAGAGCUGUGGAAGUCUCAAGGGAAAACAGCCGAUGACGUGUUUAAGGCGUUGAAGCUGGACAAAAAAGGUGACAAUCUUUUCGAGGAUCCAGCAAUACGCACAUGGGUAUACUUUGUGAACAAGCUGAACGGCGACAAGAAAACGCCAGACGAGUUUGCAGCCAUAUCUGCGUUAGAGAAGCACUUUGACUACGUAAAUCUCGCUCUGCUGCUUGGUACUGCGGAGCUCCAAGCCAAGGUGAAAGGGGAGACGGUGGAGUUUGUGAAGACACUUACCAGCUUGCGAAACAUGCAGUUUAAGCAGUGGAUGGUGCGCAAGGGUUUUGAUCCCCAACGUCUUCAGAUGGCGCUGGCCAAUCGUCCGUUCGAUAAAUGGAACGCUCGUAUCUCUCUCGAUUUCAGCGACUUCUAUAAAGCUAAUGGUGGGCUGCUAAUAGGUUAG